AUGCCGGUUAUGAAAGGUCUCCUCGCUCCCCAGAACACAUUCUUGGACAAUAUCGCCAACCACUUUGACGGGACUCAUAGUAACUUCUUGCUGGGGAAUGCCCAGGGUCGCCAUGGUUACCCCAUAGUGUACUGCUCGGAUGGCUUCUGUGAGUUGACGGGGUUCGUGAGGACGGAGGUGAUGCAGAAGACGUGCUCAUGUAGUUUCCUCCAUGGAGCAGAGACCAGUGAUAGUGUGGUCCAGCAGAUCGACAAGGCCCUGAGCGGACAGCACGAGUACCAAGCGCAUGUCUGCUUCUAUCAGAAAAAUGGGAAUCCAUUCUGGUGCCUUCUGGACAUCGUUCCAAUCAAAAAUGAAAAAGGCGACGUGGUUCUGUACCUUUUAUCCUUCAAAGACGUCAGCGAUUCGUUUGGGAAGAGCCAUCACUAUGCAGAGACAGAGGGGAUCUGUGACGCUGUUCAUCAGAGCAGAAAAACUCAACGCUCACACUUUGCACAAGUCCGACACCGAGGCCAGACCAUAGUGCACCAUCUCACCAACCUGUUCCACAAGAGGGGCAAGAGGAAGCUGACCAAUAACAUGUUCCAGAAGCCGUCUUUACCUGAGUACAAGGUUGCCGCGGUGAAGAAGUCCCGCCUCAUCCUUCUUCACUACAGUAUCUCCAAAGCCCUGUGGGACUGGCUCAUCCUCUUGGCAACUUUCUAUGUGGCUGUGACUGUUCCCUAUGACGUCUGCUUCGUGAACCAUGACCCCGACCAAGAGCGCCACACGCAGGUCAGCCAAGGAACUAUGGCCAGUGACAUCGCCGUGGAGGUCCUCUUCAUUCUGGAUAUAGUUUUGAAUUUCCGUACAACCUACGUGAGUCAAUCGGGUCAGGUGAUCUACAACCCUCGUUCGAUCUACCUUCAUUACUGUACGACCUGGUUCUUUGUUGAUCUGAUUGCAGCAUUGCCCUUUGACCUUCUGUAUGCGUUCAACAUCACAGUGACUUCUCUCAUGCACCUGCUUAAGACGGUCCGGCUGCUGCGUCUGCUCCGCCUCCUUCAGAAACUUGACCGCUAUUCCCAGUACAGCGCCGUGGUCCUGACCCUGCUCAUGUCUGCCUUCGCCCUAUUGGCUCACUGGAUGGCCUGUGUCUGGUACGUGAUUGGUCGAAAGGAGAUUGAGAGCAGCGAUCCUGUUACCUGGGACAUAGGUUGGCUACAGGAGCUGGGGAAGCGCCUGGAGACUCCGUACAUAAACAGUUCCGUGGGAGGACCCCCCAUGCCCAGUGCCUACAUCGCCUCCCUGUACUUCACCCUGAGCAGUCUGACCAGUGUGGGCUUUGGGAACGUGUGCGCCAACACAGACGCAGAGAAGGUCUUUUCCAUCUGCAUCAUGCUCAUUGGAGCCCUGAUGCACGCCGUGGUGUUUGGGAACGUGACGGCCAUUAUCCAGCGCAUGUAUUCCCGAAGGUCACUGUACCACACGAGAAUGAAAGACUUGAAGGACUUUAUACGUGUUCACCGCCUCCCCCAGCAGCUCAAACAGAGGAUGCUUGAAUACUUCCAGGCCACGUGGUCGGUCAACAACGGCAUCAACGCCAAUGAGCUCCUCCAUGACUUCCCUGACGAGUUGCGUGCCGACAUCGCCAUGCACCUGAACAAAGACAUCCUGCAGCUGCCCGUGUUCGAGCGGGCCAGUAGGGGGUGCCUGCGCUCCCUGUCUCUGCACAUUAAGACCUCCUUCUGUGCACCGGGGGAGUACCUCAUUCGCCAUGGCGACGCUCUCCAGGCCAACUACUACGUGUGCGCUGGCUCCCUCGAGGUGCUGCGGGACGGGAUGGUGCUCGCCAUCCUGGGGAAAGGUGACCUGAUUGGGGCCGACCUCCCGGAGCAGGAGCAGGUGAUAAAAACCAACGCAGACGUGAAGGCUCUGACGUAUUGUGAUCUGCAGUACAUCAGUGUGAAGGCCCUGAGGGAGGUGCUCAGACUGUACCCGGAGUAUGGGACCCGCUUCAGCUCUGAUAUACACCACAACCUCACCUACAACCUGAGGGAGCCAGCCAACACUGAGGUAAGGCACAAACUGCCUUUUAUCAUUGAGGCAUGUGACGGAGAUGAGGACUCAAAGCAGAGGAGCGUCCCCCUGCUUAAAGGCGUGGGCAGCCCUGUACGUCAGACCCGUUACAGUACUCUGCUGGGUGCGGAGCUACACCAGAACUCCGCCCUCCGCCUCUGCAGGUCUCCGGUGCACGGCAGAGGCUGUAGUCCAAUUCCCCAAACCUUUGAAGAACUAUCUCCUGUGGAUAAAGACACUCAGCCUGCCUAUCGGCCCUCAAAACUGCUAAUGCCAACUCUGCCCUGUGCCAGCCCACUCAGCCUAAGUCCAAGAGUGGUGGAUGGGAUAGAAGACAACGGACACAGGUUUCAGUUUAACGUGGAGCCGAGUGAAGCGAGUUCUAACGCGACAGCACCUGAGGAGGUGAACACGAGCCUGCUGCUGGAGACUGAAGAGGUCCGACAGAACAUCAGCAAACUCAGCAAAGAGGUGACUAAUUUGAACCAAGAAGUCUCCAACUUGGCCAAAGAGCUACAGAACAUCAUGCGCUUCCUCCAGUCUCACAGUUCAAGUUUCCACUGCUCUGCCCCAGCCCCUGCUUUCUCCUGUGGCGUCCCAAUGAUGGCACCUCCCACUGUCACCUCCCCUCUGAGCAUCUCCACUGGCCUACACCUCCACCACGACACUAUCCCGCACCCUCCUCGAAAUAUAUGGGCUUGCUCUGGUCUCCCAGCCCAAAGUAGGAGCCCCACUUUGCUCAGCACCUCCAGACAGAACCUGCUUAUGUCGCCAUGUUUGUGUUGUAGCGAUAGAGAUGGGACUAGAGCGCACCGUUUUUCAUCACCGACCCCAAGCUCUCCCUAUAUUAGCCAUAGACACACAGGACCGCCAUUACUUUCUUCUGCUUUUAACAGCUACCCAAUGCAAAUGGGCUACAACAACAUCACUAUCCCAACUAUGAGUACGUCACGGCCUAUGUGUUCCCCCGGUAACCAUUCGCCGUUAAGCAUCAAUACGGAAACUCAAGGAUCACAAACGCCAAUUAAUUCAACACUUACGCCAAUGGGACAAACUCACGCCCAUACUGCGUUUAGCCCGCUCAGCUCCACAGGGGGGGCAUGGGCAAGGUACAGCCAAGUAACAGCUAAUCCUGGACCAGUAAGGAAUAGUAAUCUGAUAGGGUCCAGCCAAGCACACGCAACGCAGGGGUCACUGUUGGGGCUGGUGAGUGACCGGGGAUGUGCAGAGGCCAGUGGGGACAGUGGGGCAGGGUUGGAUGGAUCGAACGCAAAGCUGUUGAACUUGGAUGGGAACUGA